UCAGUUAGACAAGGUGAAGUUUGCACACACAGAGCAAACUGGAUACUGUCAGCAGAGAACUUGCUCAUUUAUUUUCAUUACUGAGAAGGGUAAAGUUCCCUGUCUUACACUCUGCUCUGGUCCUCUGGUAAUUGUUGCUUGGUGGUCUGUUGGGGUCACUUAACUGGUGUUUAGCUGCAUGAUCUGAGUAAUUCCAUGACACAGAAUUAAAGCGGGCUCUACCAGCCUCCCGUGCAGUUUGACAUGCUCUCCAGAUCACAUGGUGUGAACAAUAUGUGCACGGUGCUAGUGCCACGUGAGCAGGGCAUGCUCUUCUGUGACCGAGGCGGGAGGGCUGGCUGUGUGAGCCAAGUGGGGUCAGAGGAAAACACCAGCUCAGGUGGCAGCACUGCAGUGAGCAGCCCAGCCAGGGGAGUGGCUGAGCACUGAAAGGGAGCACUAAAGCUAUGCAGGGGCUCUGUGCAAGGCUGGAUAGCAAGAAAAAGGAGGAGGUGGGAAGGGCCUAAAGCGUAAUUACCUCAAAUUUUUCCCAUCUUUGUACCUGUUUCAACCAUUUAUUUGGCUUUGAUUAAAAACAGCUGUCUUGUAGCUUGUUUAAAAAUCUUUCUAGUGCCAAUGGCUCAGGGGCAACUGGUAGAUGGGUGUGCGUUGCUGGAGACGUGUGUGGAGCCGAGGGAUGAACAAAGGCAUGGAGAGGUGUGUGGAGCUGCUGAGGUCAUGCUCUUGUGGUCUGGGCAACAUGCUGAGUAGGCAUGAAACCAUUUCCCUCUCUGUUGUCCUAGUGAUGUCUCAUCCCCAUUUCUACCCUUCAAGCUCCCUGCCCUUCCUGAAGGUUUUCCCUUCACAGCAGGGCACUGCUGAGGUACUGCUGCCCGAGUGGAGAGCCUUUAUCAGCCUCUUGGCCCCAGCAUUUGGUCACAAGGUUUCCCAGAAUAGAACAGCUGAGACUUGAGCUGUGCCCAGGCGGAGCCAAAGCGAGGGGGGUGAUGUGUUCCCCCUCCCUGUGGAACGCCCUGGGCUGGCUGGCAGGCAGGCUCUCGGCCCAAGCACAGGCUGCUGGUGGGGCUGUGCCUCAGAGCCUGGCUGGGGUGCACCGGCAGGUCCUGUCCUGGUCUCUGAGGAGAGCCUGGCUGGGCGUUAUGGGCAGCGUCACGGGCGGAGGAGACGGGAGCCGGGAGCCCAUCCGCACACGGCAGGCACACGGCCCUGCCCAGGUGUUCUGGCAGGCCCUGCUGGCUGGGGACCAGGGCACUGUAGCCAAGAUCCUCAGGGAGCCUCAGAACAACCUGAGCCCCAGUGCUGUGUUUGACACCAGCGACCUGGAAGAGUGGAAGAACUACCGCUUCAACCCCCGCGGGCUGAGUUCUAGAUGUCCAGCUCUGCUGUAGCUUGUUGUUUGCAUCCUGCUCAGGGCUUGAGUCCCCUGUGUGUGUGGCAGUGGGUUCUGACACCUCUCUACUGCCUGGUCCUCAUGUUUGUGGUGCUACACACAUGGUGUUUGGCCCAGCCACCUCACUGCCAUCAGCCCUGCUCAUGCCCCAGGUGCCCCUGACAAGAGAAACCCCUGUACCCCCCGAGCCACAGGUGAGGGGCACGCAGCCCAGACCAGCCUCUGCUGCGGGCUGCUGGUCCUGGAGCUCCCUGUCUGCACGGCUCUGUGGCCUGGGAGCCUUCCAGGGAUCUCCGCCUUUGGGGCCAGCCCGGAUGCAGGGAUCUUGCAGGGAAAGGACUGGAUGUCCCUUGAGGGGAAACACAGGACUGUGGUCGCUGAGCUACGAGCAGGAGCUGACCACGCCGCUGCACAUCACGGCGGGCCGGGGCUACGCGGAGUGCGUGCGGCUGCUGCUGCGGCGCGGCGCGGCCGUGGACGCGGCCCCGGGCGGGCGCACCGCGCUGCACGCCGCCUGCGCGGCCGCCAGCGCCGCCUGCGUGCGCCUGCUGCUCGCCGCCGGAGCCGACCCCGAGGCCGUCUCCGAGGAUGGCCACCGGCCCCUGCACCUCUGCAGGAGCUCCGACUCCAUCGAGUGUGUCCAGCAGCUGCUGCAGCGUGGUGCCAGCGUGAACAGUCAGACGGAGGAGGAGAUGGACACAGCCCUGCAUGUGGCAGCACGGCACGGCCUGGCAGAGCACGUCCAGCUGCUUCUGCACCACGGGGCUGAAGUGGAGGUGAGGAACAAGGAGGGGCAAACACCGCUGAAUGCUGCCUGUGCUCAGCAGCAUCAGCCCCAGGACAUGGACCGCUACUACCGAGUCUGCCAGCUGCUGGUGCAGAGCGGUGCCAGGAUCAACGCCGAGGAUCGGGACCGGCAGCACCCGCUGCACCUGGCCUGCAAGAAUGCCAACGCUCAGAUCGCAGAGCUGCUGCUGGCCCACGGCGCCAACGUCAAUGUCAUGAACUACGGCGGCAACACGGCCCUGCACAACAUCCUGCAAGUGGCCGCCUACAAGCGGGAGCACCGCCCCGAGCUGGUGGUGCGAGCGCUGCUCAACCACGGAGCCGUCCGCAUCUGGCCGGGCUCCCUCCUCAAGGUGCUGCGGUGCUGCCACAGCUGCCCGCGUGUCAUCGAGGUGCUGGUGAACAGCUACAGCCACGUGCGUGUCUCCGAGGACUGGCUGGCAGCGGUUCCAGCAGAGGUGGUGCAGACCUCGCUCCUUGCAGCACCUGGCUCGCUGCACACUCAGGACCCUCCUGGAGGGCCGGCUGCUUCUGGUCCUGUCCCAGCUGCAUCUGCCAAGUGCCCUGCACCAGUUCCUGCUGCUCGGCUUCGAGGACGUUCUCUACUAGGGGUGGCAGUUCCAGUCCUGCUGUGCCUCUCUGUGCAGGUGUUCCACCUCUGCCAAUGCAGUCUGUGCUUUUGCAGCUACCCCCUUCCCCUCACCCACUCCUGCCUGGCCACAUCAGCCCCCUGUGCCAAGCCUGCUGCUGUGUCCCAGUCCCAAGCAGCCUUGUGCUCUGCAUCACGCACCUGUUUUGGAGUGUUCUGUUUGUCCAUACUAAUCCAGACAGACCCCAGACUAACAAAAGGAGGCAUGGGAAUUAGGGAACUUUGUGGUACAAGGAGCAAAGACACUGCAUGGAUCACAGGCUUAGUAGUAGGGUACCAGUUUCCCUAUCCCAAAUCCAGAUACUCUAGCCUGUACUAGGCAACUCUGGUGCCCUCGAUGAUUGCUGUGGUCCUGUCUUUGGUCAAGUUGCUUGGUCUGUACCCAAAGGUGUUUGGAAUAAAUCCUGUUCUUUAUACUCAUCUGA